AUGUCCAUCACAAACAGCAGUACAGUAACGGAAUUCAUUUUACUGGGGCUCACAGAUUGCCCCGAACUCCAGCCUCUCCUCUUUGUGCUGUUUCUGGUUGUAUAUCUUGCAACCCUUCUAGGCAACCUGGGCUUGAUCAUGUUAAUUAGAAUGGACUCUCGCCUUCACACCCCCAUGUACUUCUUCCUCACCAACCUAGCCUUUGUGGACUUGUGCUAUGCCUCAAAUGCAACACCACAGAUGCUGACCAAUUUCUUAUCAGAGAAGAAGACCAUCUCCUUUGUUGGCUGUUUCACACAGUGUUACAUUUUUAUUGCUCUUCUCCUCACAGAGUUUUACAUGCUGGCUGCAAUGGCCUAUGACCGCUAUGUGGCCAUCUGCAACCCUUUGCGCUACAACAUGAAAAUGUCCAGGCGAGUCUGCAUUUGCUUGGCUACAAUUCCUUAUGUCUAUGGCUUCUCAGAUGGGCUGUUUCAGGCCAUCCUGACCUUCCGCCUGACUUUCUGUAGAUCCAACGUCAUCAACCACUUCUACUGUGCUGACCCACCACUCAUCAAGCUCUCUUGCUCUGAUACUUACGUCAAGGAGCACGCCAUGCUCAUAUCAGCUGGCUUCAACCUCUCCAACUCUCUCAGCAUCAUCCUGGUGUCCUAUGCCUUCAUUAUUGCUGCCAUCCUUCGGAUCAAGUCAUCUGAGGGUCGACGCAAGGCGUUUUCAACCUGUGGUUCUCACAUGAUGGCUGUAACCCUGUUUUAUGGGACACUGUUCUGCAUGUAUGUCAGACCCCCAACAGACAAGACUGUGGAGGAAUCCAAAAUAAUAGCUAUCUUCUACACCUUUGUCAGUCCAGUGCUGAAUCCUUUGAUCUAUAGUCUCAGGAACAAAGAUGUCAAGCAGGCUUUGCUGAACGUCCUCACUCGAAAAAGGGUCAUGAUGGUAUCCGUGUUUACACUUUCCAAUAAGUCGUAA